AUUUAAAGAAGCCAAUUGCAGAGUCAGUUUAGUGACUUUUCAAAUUUCAAUAUAGGAAAUCAAGAUGGGAGACAAAGAGAGAGUGAAGGAUGACUUCAAUAACACCCAUAAGGAUUCUGAUGAUCCCGUAUGGUCGAUCCUACCUUCGUAUGAGAUGUAUGCAUCUACUUUAGUAAAGGAUUCAUUACCUUCUUACACUUAUUCGUCCUCUACUUUAAGCAAUGAGAGUACUUCUAUGAGUGACAACAAUACAAUUAUUUCACAGUCAAACCACCGAGGUAGUAGUUCAGAACAAACUUCUUUGAAUAACCUGCUGAAUCCCGUCAAUGGUUUUAGCAGCCAAGAUGCUUUGAACGAAAAUUAUAUCGUCACUAAUGAGAAUGAAAACAACUGGACUGCAACAAUUCUUGAAAAUAUCCAUAACCUACGUAAUUUGACUGAUACCGAAAAUGAGUUGGCAAAAUCAUUAACGAUAUCGAUUUAUUUUACUAAAGAUGUUGGUGAGAUUCACAAGGAGCCAGAAAUAAUUGAUCCUCUGCUUUAUGAGUUCAAGAAGGGAGACUUCGUUAAUGGUCAUCUUUACGUUAUUAAUAACUCUGAAACUACAAUUCCAUUUGAAAUGCUUUAUGUUUUAUUUGAAGGGCACUUUUUGGUUUCAAACCCAAAGAAUGAAUCGAAACCAUUGAAGUAUAAAAAAUUCUUAGAAAUGUUUGAUUUCAGUGCCUCCUAUAAUGAAGUGCAAGUCGAUAGACUCAUUUCAGAACAUACAGACUCUAGAUUGUGUCCCUUAAUUAUUGAUUCAAUUGAUGGUGCCAAUACUGGAAUAUUACACCGUCUAAUUGUCCCUCAUGUGAAGUAUAAAAGAUUUUUCACUUUCAAAAUCCCAGAAAGGUUGUUAGAUUCUGAAUGCAAUGAUCAUCAUCUUCCUUACCAUACAGUGUUACCACCUUCUAUGGGGGUUCUGAAUAUUUUUCCAUUAAAAGAACAAGAAAGUUUCAAGGACUUUGCCUUCAAGGGCGCUUCAACAUCUUAUGGGGUGAUGGUAAGAAUUAUUGGUAAAGCCUCUUCUUUGAAUGAAACCAGAGAAAAGCCAAAAAAUGAAGUGCCAACAUUGAUCAACUCUGAUGGGGAUGAGUUUGUUAUUUUUAAAGAGUCACAUACUCCGAUUCGUGUUUUACAGCAAGAAAACAUAACUGAAACAGAAGCUAAGAUAAAAGCAAUAGAAAUUCAGUUAUUGAAAAAAAAUUUAAUUUCCAGAUUGAAGGAGAAAAUAGAAAUUGGAGAAGAAAUGGUAAAGUCUUUAUCAGUGGAUAAGUUUAAUAACACAUUGGACUUAUCAACAAAACUUGAAGAGUCGAAUAAAAAUGAGUUAGUGAAAGCUCGUCAGCUAUACAGAACGCAAUCCCAAGCUAAGACCAGAGACGUCAAAGAAGGUUUCGAUCUUUCUAAGAAACAGGAAACCUAUAGAAAAAUAAUUCCUUUGACAAAAAGGAAGUUACUAAGUUCGAAACCCCUUGGAGCUUUGGAUAUAAUUUCACUGAAAUCAUUAAUUAAUAUGAAAUAUAUUCCUCCACCCAAAUUUAGAAAGUCAAAAGCUGUCGAUGCAUCUUCUUGGAAGUUCAAAAUUCCUCUUCAAUUGAAUUUUACAGGAAGUUCUCUUUUAGAUUCAUCAUCAUCAUCUGCUGAUAAAAGUUUACCUGAUUUGAAAAACUUUCGAUGUGAUUUGGUGGUCUUAACUCUUCAAUCUGUCGAACAUGAUAUCCCGCUUCAAUUGGACCAUAGUUUCAUUUUCAAUAAUGAAUUUCAAAAGUUUUACUCAAACCCUAUAGAAGACGAAGAUACAUUUAUUAAUAAUACCAGGAAAAAAUUUCGUGAAUUUGCUAAGCAAUAUUAUCAACUUUUCAAGACUCUAGGAACAGACAAUUUCCGAGUAGAGUCUUCCUUAAUAAAUGAAUUGAAAGGAAUAUGUGAUAUUGAAGAUAAAAUUACUCGACUUAGGGUACAUGAUUUUAAAGUCAGUGACUCAACAGAUCCAGAAUCUAAAGAGGCUUUCAAAUGGGAGCUUAAUCAAGAGAAAAACAGCUUUGAACAAAACCUAACUUUAGACAUUAAUGUGAAGAGCGCUGAACUUAGUUAUGUAAACCCCAAAGAUAGUAGUGGAGAUGCUUUUGACAAAUAUUGUUUAGUUCCAUCAUAUCAAAUUUGCAACUCGUCCAGAAUGUACUAUUUUGAUUUAAGUUUUCUGUUAUCCGCCAAUGAAUAUAUUCAUGUGAAAGUACCUGCUAUAAUAUCCAAUGACUAAUUUAAG